GGGGUUUCCUUCGCUAGAGAGGUCGAUCCUCUGUUUAGGGAAAAUGGAUGUCUACUAUUAACAGUAACAAAAUCGUUCGUAAUCCGACGCUUAUUCAAAGGAUCUGUUCAAGUCACAUAUCAGACGUUGAAUUUUAGACACCAGUUACCAUGUAUAGCCAAGAAGAAGAAAUGUACAGUCAUGACGAUGACAGUGAUGAGAUCACAACAGAACUUUGGCAGGAGGCAUGUUGGAUUGUUAUCAGUUCCUACUUCGACGAAAAAGGACUGGUAAGACAGCAACUGGACUCUUUCGAUGAGUUUAUUCAGAUGUCUGUGCAACGAAUUGUUGAAGAUGCACCACCUAUUGACCUACAGGCUGAAGCUCAACAUACAUCAGGCCAAGUGGAGACACCACCUCGAUAUUUAUUAAAGUUUGAACAGAUCUAUUUGUCUAAACCAACUCACUGGGAAAAAGAUGGUGUUGCAACUCCUCUUAUGCCAAAUGAAGCCAGACUUAGAAAUCUCACGUACUCGGCACCACUGUAUGUGGACAUCAAGAAAACAGUGAUCAAGGAAGGUGAAGACCCUGUUGAAACUCUCCAUCAGAAAACAUACAUCGGGAGGAUUCCCAUCAUGCUGAGGUCAACUUACUGUCUCCUGAAUGGACUUACUGACCGUGACCUGACUGAACUGAAUGAGUGUCCUUUGGAUCCAGGAGGUUAUUUUAUCAUCAAUGGUUCUGAGAAGGUCCUCAUUGCUCAGGAGAAAAUGGCUACUAAUACAGUGUAUGUGUUUCAGCAGAAAGACUCAAAGUAUGCAUUCAAGACUGAGAUUCGUUCUUGCCUUGAGCAUUCAUCUCGUCCUACGAGUACCCUUUGGGUGAACAUGAUGGCCAGAGGUGGAGGGGGUGCAAGAAAAAGUGCUAUAGGACAACGAAUUAUUUCUAUUCUUCCUUACAUCAAACAGGAGAUACCCAUUAUCAUCGUGUUCCGUGCUCUUAGUUUUGUGUCUGAUCGUGAUAUUUUGGAGCACAUAAUAUAUGAUUUUGAUGACCCAGAGAUGAUGGAAAUGGUCAAGCCAUCUCUUGAUGAGGCCUUUGUGAUCCAAGAACAGACCGUAGCUCUCAACUUUAUUGGUGCUAGAGGUGCUAAGCCAGGUGUGACCAAAGAGAAGCGUAUCAAGUAUGCUCGUGAAAUCCUGCAGAAGGAGAUGCUACCACAUGUGGGAGUCAGUGAAUUCUGUGAAACCAAGAAAGCUUACUUCCUGGGCUACAUGGUGCAUCGACUUCUUCUUGCUGCUCUGGGUCGAAGAGAGGUUGACGACAGAGAUCACUAUGGCAACAAACGCUUGGAUCUAGCUGGGCCACUUUUAGCUUUUCUCUUCAGAGGAUUGUUCAGGAACCUGAUGAAGGAGGUGAGGAUGUAUGCACAGAAGUUUAUUGAUCGAGGGAAGGACUUCAACAUGGAGCUGGCCAUCAAGACUGGCAUUGUGACUGAUGGUCUUAUGUACUCACUGGCUACAGGAAACUGGGGUGACCAGAAGAAGGCUCACCAAGCUAGAGCUGGUGUAUCUCAGGUGUUAAAUCGCUUGACUUUUGCCUCUACACUUUCCCAUUUGCGACGUCUGAACUCGCCUAUUGGUCGUGAUGGAAAGCUGGCUCGACCGCGUCAGCUGCACAACACUCAGUGGGGAAUGAUUUGUCCUGCAGAAACACCUGAGGGAGCUGCUGUUGGACUAGUGAAAAAUCUUGCCUUGAUGGCCUACAUCUCUGUUGGUUCUCAGCCAUCUCCAAUCCUAGAGUUCUUGGAAGAGUGGAGCAUGGAGAACCUGGAAGAAGUAGCACCAUCUGCCAUUGCAGACACAACAAAGAUUUUUGUCAAUGGAUGUUGGGUAGGCAUCCAUCGUGAUCCUGACCAACUUAUGUCCACACUUCGCAAACUAAGACGAGAGAUGGACAUCAUUGUUUCUGAGGUGUCCAUGAUCAGAGAUUUUCAAGACAGAGAGGUGCGCAUCUACACUGACGCUGGUCGCAUUUGUCGCCCACUGCUCAUUGUAGAGAACCAGAAACUGCUGUUGAAAAAAAGCCACAUCCAGCAGCUGAAAGAGAGAGAGUACAACAACUACAGUUGGCAGGAUCUGGUGUCAAGCAGUGUGGUGGAGUACAUUGAUCCACUAGAGGAGGAAACUAUAAUGUUAGCAAUGACCCCUGAUGACCUUAGAGAAGACAAAGAGUCAGCCUACUGCUCUACAUACACUCAUUGUGAGAUCCACCCAGCGAUGAUUCUUGGUGUUUGUGCAUCCAUUAUUCCUUUCCCUGAUCAUAAUCAGUCCCCCCGAAACACAUACCAGUCAGCUAUGGGUAAGCAGGCCAUGGGUGUAUACAUCACCAACUACCAUGUUCGCAUGGACACUUUGGCUCAUGGCCUCUUCUACCCUCAAAAACCUCUUGUUACAACCCGCUCUAUGGAGUACCUCCGUUUCAGGGAGCUUCCAGCAGGUAUCAAUUCAGUUGUAGCCAUUGCCAGCUACACAGGUUACAACCAAGAAGAUUCUGUCAUCUUGAAUGCUUCAUCCAUUGACAGGGGCUUUUUCAGGUCAUUUUUCUUCCGGUCUUACAAAGAUGCUGAAUCCAAGAAAGGUUUAGAUCAGGAAGAGGUCUUCGAGAAGCCAACAAGAGAAACAGUGCAAGGUAUGCGGCCAGCAUUGUAUGAGAAGCUGGACGAUGAUGGCAUCAUUGCACCAGGAACUCGUGUCUCUGGUGAUGAUGUUCUUAUUGGCAAAACUAUUACUCUUCCUGUCAGUGAGGAUGAGCUGGAAGGAGCAGUAAAGAGAUUUUCCAAACGAGAUGCCAGUGUGUUCAUGAGGCGAAGUGAGACUGGCAUUGUAGAUCAGGUGAUGUUAACUAUUAACAAUGAUGGAUACAAGUUCUGCAAAAUUCGUGUGCGCACAGUGAAGACACCACAGAUUGGAGACAAGUUUGCCAGCCGCCAUGGCCAAAAAGGAACUUGUGGUAUUUCCUACAGACAGGAGGACAUGCCUUUCACAUGUGAAGGCAUAACACCAGAUAUCAUCAUCAACCCUCAUGCCAUCCCCUCACGUAUGACCAUUGGUCACUUGAUCGAGUGUCUGCAAGGAAAAGUAGCUGCAAACAAGGGUGAAAUUGGUGAUGCUACACCUUUUAACGAUACUGUAAAUGUGCAGAAGAUUUCCAAACUUCUUCAACAGUACGGUUACAACCUUCGUGGCAAUGAGGUGCUUUUCAAUGGCUUUACGGGGCGUAAGCUCAAUGCACAAGUUUUCCUGGGUCCCACCUACUACCAACGCCUCAAACAUAUGGUGGAUGACAAGAUCCACUCUCGGGCUCGAGGUCCUGUGCAAAUCCUGAACAGGCAACCCAUGGAGGGUCGAUCCCGUGAUGGUGGUCUGCGCUUUGGAGAGAUGGAGCGUGACUGUCAGAUUGCCCAUGGUGCUGCACAGUUUCUCCGGGAACGUCUUUUUGAGGCCUCUGACCCAUAUCGUGUGCAUGUCUGCAAUCUUUGUGGUCUCAUUGCUAUUGCUAACCUCAGAAAUCAGACUUUUGAAUGUCGCAGCUGCAAAAACAAAACCCAGAUUUCACAAAUUCGCAUCCCAUAUGCAUGCAAGUUGCUGUUCCAAGAGCUUAUGGCAAUGAGCAUUGUUCCCAGGAUGAUGGUCACGUGAUUGCAAGCAUGAGAGAUUGAAUCAUGGAUCACAAGACAAGCACAUCAGUACACAUUUUACAACUUCUGUCAGGCCCAUAACUGUCAAUAAGCUGGUAGUGCGACAGUUGGGUUCAGCAUGCUAAAUAUGCUUGCACAAGUUUAAUGCUGAUGAAUUCUGGGAACAGGAGAUGUGCUAAACAUGAAUUUCAGUGCAGUUAAUUUGCAGGGAAGUGGUGUACAUCUGUAUCAGAUCGGUACAGUGAAAGAGCAAGUGCCUAUAAAAUGUCGUGACAAAAAGAAUUCCUGGGCAUCUACUGUGCAAGAGAGACAGUGCUGUGUGUAUAUAAUAACUUCGGACCAUAAAAAGAAUCUUGCCUGGUAAUGUUCACAAUGGUAAUGUUCUUAACCCUCUUAGUACCGCAAAAAAAUAUAACAUUACAGUAACUGACUUUUAACUGAAGACUGUGAAGACAACAGUGGGUGAAAUUAGUUUUUGUAUCAUUGCUGCUCUGAGGUUAACAUUACACCAAGAAACCUGUACAUUUUUGGAAAGGAGAAAACUGGAACUUUGAGAUUAAAAAUAAUGAAAAUAGCAUUCCCUGUGCUUCCUGACAAAGCCACGAUUGUGGCCCAUCGCACUAAGAGGGUUAAGAAGUGAAUCCCUAUUAUUUGACUGCUCAUAAGAAGACGUUGAAAACAAAAGACAUGAAAUCACUUGAUUGAAUGAAUGCCUUGUCAAUAAAUAAUUUUUGAACACUA